AUGGGGGGCUGGUCGGGCUUGGGGCAGAAGUGGCCUUGGGGACACUUUUCGCACUUCGUGCGCAGCAGCAGCAAAGUCGAUCCCAACUGUCCCUUUUUGCAUGCAGCAGCAACUCCGUCUUUGCAUGCAGCCCCGAGGGGGCAGCGCAUGCAGACUCCUUCUGGGGACAAGUGCAGCCCCGGCCCGCAGGGCGCAGCGCUGCAGCAGCAGCAGCAGCAGCAGCAGCAGCAGCAGCAGCGGCAGCAGCAGCAGCAGCGGCAGCAGCAGCGGCUUCAGCAGCAGCAGCGCCAGCAGCAACGCCGCAGCAACUCGAAACUGCCGCAGCAGCAGCAGCAGCAGCAGCAGCAGCAGCAGCAGCAGCAGGAGCAGCAGCAGCAGCGGGAGGCGCACUGGCUAGGCUGGACUUGGGUCUCUUCGCGGGAAGAGACAGAAGGAGACACUUGGCAGUUCGCGCAGCCCCACACUGGAGUGCUGCCGUAA